GCUGGGAUGCUCGGUGACAACUGACUGGCAGGAGGAAGUGUGGUCAGACAAACGUGGAACGGUGGACUGUGUCAAAGAUUGACUAAUGCAAAUCUUUGUGAAAACCCUGACGGGGAAAACCAUCACCCUAGACGUCGAGGCCAGUGACAACAUUGAUGAUGUGAAGGCCAAAAUCCAGGACAAGGAGGGCAUUCCACCUGACCAGCAAAGGCUGAUAUUUGCCGGCAAACUACUUGAAACGGGAAGAACCCUGUCUGACUACAAUAUCCAGAAGGAGUCCACUCUUCACAUGGUUCUCAGACUCCGGGGUGGCAUGCAGAUCUUUGUGAAAACCCUGACUGGCAAGACCAUCAACCUGGAGGUGGAGGCUAGUGACACCAUUGAAAAUAUAAAGAUAAAAAUCCAGGAUAAGGAAAGCAUUCCUCCUGAUCAGCAGAGACUGAUUUUUGCUGGAAAACAUCUAGAAGAUGGGAGGACCCUGUUUGACUACAGCAUUCAGAAAGAGUCCACAUUGUACCUUGUCCUGAGACUUCGUGGAGGCUGGUGAAGGGUCAUGUUAAUCAGUGCUUAGGUUUCACUGUUCAGUUUGUGUUACUGUCAGAUUAGUCAUUGUUUCAGACACUUCACAGUGGCUUCAUUAAAAUUUCAUUUUGAUUUGGUUCGGCUUCCUAACUCAGUUGAUGUCACUAUAAGCUGUGCCCUAGUUCUCAAAACGUAAUGCAAAAGCUGUAAGAGCUCAACAACUGAACAAUAAAUAUAAUGUGUUGAA